GGCCCAAAACAAAUUGAUAGUAUUUAAGAGAUUGUAUCUUCAUCUCCUUAGGGUUUAACACACACACCUCUCGCCGGCAGCUAUUCAAUCGGAAAACCGCCAAAAUGGCAAGAGGGUUGAAGAAACAUUUGAAGAGGCUCAAUGCGCCUAAGCAUUGGAUGCUUGAUAAACUUGGAGGUGCUUUUGCUCCCAAGCCUUCUUCUGGUCCACACAAAUCAAGGGAAUGUUUGCCAUUGGUUAUUAUCCUCAGGAACAGGUUGAAAUAUGCUUUGACAUACCGUGAGGUCAUUUCAAUCUUGAUGCAACGCCAAGUUAUGGUUGAUGGGAAGGUUAGGACAGAUAAGACUUACCCUGCUGGUUUCAUGGAUGUUGUUACGAUUCCAAAGACGAAUGAGAGCUUCCGACUUCUUUAUGACACUAAGGGUCGGUUCCGUCUCCACUCACUCAGAGAUGAGGAAGCCAAGUUCAAACUUUGCAAGGUUCGAUCUGUGCAGUUUGGACAGAAGGGAAUCCCAUAUCUCAACACUUAUGAUGGAAGAACAAUCCGCUACCCUGAUCCCCUCAUCAAGGCCAAUGACACCAUCAAGCUGGACUUAGAUUCCAAUAAGAUUGUUGACUUCAUCAAAUUUGAUGUUGGUAAUGUGGUCAUGGUUACUGGUGGUAGAAACAGGGGGCGUGUUGGAAUUCUUAAGAAUAGAGAGAAGCACAAGGGUAGCUUUGAGACAGUUCACAUUCAGGAUUCCCUGGGGCAUGAGUUUGCUACCCGUUUGGGAAAUGUGUUCACUCUUGGUAAAGGUAGUAAGCCAUGGGUGUCUCUACCUAAGGGUAAAGGUAUCAAGUUAUCUAUCAUUGAAGAGGCUCGCAAGAGGAUGGCUACUCAAUCAGCUACAACUGCUUAAAAAUGAUAGGUUGAACUUGAGAUGAAUUUAAUAGAUUGGGCCAUGUUUCUCUUUGUUUAGAGGGAUGACAUUCUUAUUUUGUGUGUUGCAUUUCAACAUCUGUGUACUCGGUACUGAUUUACUUGCCUUCUUUUGUCGGGAAAAAAGGUAGACUGAGUUGAGAUCAAUCAGUUGCCUUUUAUGUGAUAGUAUUUUAUUGCGACAGAGUUUAAGGACCUUGUCCAUUAGUAUAUUCACUUAUUUCAAAAUGAGUUUUUGGUUGUAAUAUUUUCAAAUCUAACCUGGAGUUGGAUUCCAAAUUUGGUUUAGUGCAGUAAACCUGAUUCCUA